AUGGAAAAUGAUGAAGCACAGCCCUAUAUUGAAGCACAAGUACAUGAACAGCAGGAUGGCUCUCACUCUCAUGUUGUCAUAACCCUAACUGACCCAGAAUUAUUCGAUUGCCCUAUUUGCUCCGAACCCUUGACCAUCCCUGUCUACCAGUGUGACCAAAAUGGGCACAUAGCUUGCUCCUCCUGCCGUACAAAAAUUAACGACAAAUGUCCCUUCUGCUCUGGGUCUAUUGGAUUCAAUCGUUGCCGUGCGAUCGAGAAGGCUCUUGAAUCAAUCACAACAUCAUGCCAAAACACCCAGUAUGGAUGCAAAGAAUCUUUGACUUUCAAUAAAAAAGCCAAGCAGUUAUACCAACACUUCAGUAGUAGCCACGUGAAUUCCGCAACACAAUUUGAGUACUACGUCAUUUUUCAUGUUUCAUUAAAUGCUGAUGACAACUUUCUUGUUCUUCAAGAAAAGAAAGGUGGUACAUUAUUUAUUCUCAAGAGGCAUCAUGUUGCAGAUCUAGGAAAUGCUGUGACAAUUAGUUGUAUACAACCCGGCUUCAGGGGGCGCUUCUUCCAUGAGCUUGAUGUGAAAUCCGAGGAAAAUUUUCUCAGAUUGGAAUCUUUCACCAAGAGCACUCCAAGCCGGCAGGUAAUUGAUGAUCGCCCUCCCAAAACCGGUUUUCUUUUAAUCCCGUUUGAUUUUAUCAGUUCUGGUGGCCAGCUCAAGAUGGAAAUUUGCAUAUGGCCUGAAGGUGCCUCCCCCUUCACCCCUCAGAAGUAA